AUGGCUACUGAUACAAGCCACGGUACUAAGCGAAGGAACUCAGCUUCAAUCGAAAGUGAAGGAGCUGUAUCCAUCAAAGACUCUGAGCAUUUGUUCCAGGAAAUAAACGAUCGAUUAUCUGUGCGUCUUCACGAUCUGGUCCAGACGGAUUUCUUCAAAUACUACAAAUUAAACCUUUUCAAAGAAUGUCCGUUCUGGAUAGAGAACGGCCAAUGUGUGAACGAGGCAUGUGCUGUGGAAACAAUUGAUGAGUCGAACGUACCUGAAAUGUGGCGGAGCAACGUUCUUGGUGCUCUACAGACCUCAGCCUCUGGUUCGCUUUUCCAACCAUUUAAAAGUUGCGAGUUCAGAGAACAAGAUUUCUGUGUAGUUGAAGAUGAGAAUGAUAGAGACGGUACUUACGUCGACCUACUCGAUAACCCGGAGCGCUUUACUGGUUACGCUGGCCCGUCAGCGGGACGCAUCUGGAAAUCCAUAUACGAAGAGAACUGUUUUAAUAUGGUCGAUAGAAUGGAUUCCAAAAGUAAUCUUCCUGGCAUGACACUAGUCAAUUUGGAUAAAUAUGCUGCAUUAAGACCUAAUAUUCAGGAUCAGAUUGAAAUUGAAGUAGAUGAUACCUGUUUUGAAAAGAGGGUUUAUUAUCGACUGAUUUCUGGGCUUCAUUCUUCUAUAUCGAUACACAUAUGUAAUGAAUAUCUCAACCAAACGACGGGAGUAUGGGGUCCAAAUUAUGACUGCUUCAACAAACGCAUUGUCCCUUAUCCCGAAAGAUUACAGAAUACUUAUUUUGGUUAUGUUGUCUUGCUAAGAGCAAUCUCCAAAAUGUCUGAUUACUUGAAGAAUUAUGAAUUUUGUACCGGCCAUACAGAGCAAGAUGCGCAAGUUAAAUCCAUGGUUACUGAUUUGGUGAAUACGGCAACUUCUUGUCCUGGAACCUUUGAUGAGAAACUCAUGUUUAGUUCCCCAAAUUCCAGAAUUUUGAAAGAGGAAUUUAAGGAGAGAUUUAGAAACGUAUCGAGGAUAAUGGAUUGCGUCGGAUGUGAUAAAUGCAGAUUGUGGGGCAAACUACAAGUAUCUGGGCUAGGAACGGCAUUAAAAGUUUUAUUUUCAUAUGACGAUGAAUUCUUCAAUCCAAAAGUGAACCCCAAUUUAUUGACACGUACGGAAAUCGUGGCUUUAUUCAACGCGUUCAACCGAUUUUCAGAGAGCUUGAAGAUUGUCAAAGAAUUUAGAGAACUAUAUAAACGAGUUAACGUUAACAGUCAGAAAUCCGUUCCUCCACCGCCUCAGCCUGUCAGUUCGCCAAAGUUGGCAACCUCAGCAAAUGCUUCGCAGGACCCGUCAUCGGAUAACCAAUUUGUGAUUAAUUUAAUAUUAUCACUACGAGAUAUGAUUUCGCCGUACAUAAAGAGACUAUCCGGUUUGUUUUCCGUAAGUUAA